CGUUUAUCCUUUCCAUUUUCCCUUCCAACGACCGAUGGCCCGGAAAGUUCGCUCAAUCAUUGUCGGCGUCGUGGCGUUAUUCCUCUUCCUUGGGUUCUUCGCUAAUCAACGUUUCUACUGGUUCCACCGCCACCCAAUCAUCUCCGGCCGGGUCCUCCGGUCGCCGCCUGUCAUUCUCCAUCCCGAAGCCAACACCGCCAAUUUAUCAGUCAAUUAUCAAGAUCAGGAUCAGGAACGGGAAGAGGAAGAAACCGCUCGCUGGAGCAGCCGCAACAUUACCACCGUCGCUGACUCCGUCUUCCUGGAUUCCGUGCUGCUUCCGGCUUGGGAAAUCCUCGUCAUUGUUUCGCCGCCGGGCUCGGUUGCUGGACAAAACUACACGUGCCUAUUCCCCAGCAAUGAUACCUCACCUGCGAGAACCGCCGGAACUCUUUCCUCUCCGGAUCGGAAAACAUUUACAUGUGAUUUUCCUGAGAGGCUCCGCCGGCGAAUCCCCUUCCUCCAGCCUAUUCUCACUCCAAGGCCGGAGAGUCCGCCGGACAGACGAGAUAAGGAGUCGGAGUUGGAGUUGCUCCGAUGGAACUUCCUCGUUUACAACUCGUUCACGGCAAGCGACGUCGUAUUGUUUGUGAAGGGCCUCAACCACCGCCAAGGCAUCAACAGAGCGCCGAACAAGUUCAAGUGCGUGUUCGGGGAGGACGUCGAUAACGGCGUCAGGACGGCCGUUACGUCGUCCGCGCAAGAGGUUUUCCGGUGUCAACGCCCGGAGCUAACGGCCUUUAACGUUUCUCCUUACGAAGACGAAGCAGGGCCAAUGAAAGUCACGAUCGAGAUCCCCGAACGGAGGUUGGCGGUGCCCUCCGUGGCGUACUACACUCCGCCUCUCAGGAUAGCGGUGGCGCAGCAAAAACAGUGUCUGUGCGCUUGCACCAUGGUGUACAACGCCGCCAAGUUCCUGAAAGAGUGGGUGAUGUACCACUCGGCGAUUGGGAUCGAGAAAUUCGUGAUAUACGACAAUGGGAGUGACGAUGAUUUGGAAGAAGUUGUCGGCAAGCUCGUGAAACAAGGCUAUAAUCUAGUCAAGCUAAUUUGGGUAUGGCCGAAGGCGCAAGAAGCUGGGUUCUCUCACUGUGCCAUUAACUUCAACGACUCCUGUUCGUGGAUGAUGUUCACUGACGUGGAUGAGUUUGUUUAUUCUCCGUCAUGGCUCGAUUCGAACGCCUCGCGCCAAAUGCUGAAAUCUCUGUUGCCAAAUAGGAAGAUGGUUGGGCAAGUGAUGAUUAGUUGCCGUGAGUUUGGGCCGUCGAACCAGAGAUCUCACCCGGCGAUGGGAGUGACUCAGGGCUACAAUUGCCGGAGGAGGGGCGACAACCGGCACAAGUCGAUUGUGCGGCUGGAUGCGAUCGAUGAGUCGUUGCUUAACGUGGUGCACCAUUUCAAGUUGAAGGAAGGUUAUAGGGCGAAGAAGUUGAGAACGAAUGUGGCGGUGGUGAAUCACUACAAGUUCCAGGCCUGGCCGGAGUUUGAGACGAAGUUCAGGCGGCGGGUGUCUACUUACGUGAGGGAUUGGAUGGAGGAAAGGAACCGCUCGUCCAAGGACAGGACGCCGGGAUUGGGGAAUGAGCCGGUUCAGCCGGAAGGCUGGCCGGGGAAGUUCUGCCAGGUGUAUGAUAACAACUUGAAGGAUUUGACGGCGAGAUGGUUUGCCGUUGAAUCACCAUCGUCGUCAUCGUCGUCCGGGUACCACAUGGCUUGGCAAAGAUUGAUAUGA